AAUUAUUUGAUUUAGCUUUCGUGUGCGCUCUUCUUCCUUUAGAGUUCUUUUCCGAGCGGAGGUAGCUCAUAGCGUUUCCAAGAGACCGCCUAUGCUCACGAUCAUCCUCCAAAGUCAAGAAUUUGCCACGAGUAUGAGACAUACAUUACGCCUCACCUUCGACUCGUCCAUUCCUACAUAUCGGCUCUUAUUUGUUGCAUGCAGCGAUCAAAGGUGCGCAUUAAAAGUUCUCUCCAGGUGGCUCUGCUCCAUCGUUUUUACUCCACUCAACAACCUCCUUUCUGCAAUCAACUUCAUUUUUUCGCCUUUUAAACCAUCAGUCUAUUCAAAGUCUCAACAAUUUACUGAUACAAAACGCCCCCAAAACGCCAGUAAGCUCUUUAUUCCAACCUACGUCAUGUACACUAUAGUGGAUGGAAUCACCACGAUGAACUCGCCCUUUGAUAUUCUAGUUAUUGGACAGAGAGGCGUGGGCAAGACUACAUUACUCCGAAAAUAUGUUAUGGGUGCUCGUGACGUACCUGAGUUUGAGCUGUCAGAGUGCCUUGUUUACAAAUCCGUUGAGAGGCCAUGUCACUGCCUCAAUUCAAGCUCUGUGACAUCAGAAACUACCAUCAAUAAGCAUAUUUCAAUUUUGAACAGCUCAGCAGGUGUGGAUACCUUGUUGACACAAAAUUCCUACCAAGUGAACAAUGCACAAACAAUGGUUUUUGCAUAUGCAGCAGCCAGCUCGGAAUCGUUUGAAGCGCUUGAGUACACGAUAAAUUGUAUUGAAUCUGUCAGAGAUAAACUUCCACCAUGUGUCAUAGUAAGUUUGAAGCCAGAUCUCAAUCAGAUGGACCAAGUACUGGCCAGUCAGGGAGAGGCACUAGCAAAAAGCUGCGGUGCAUUGCUCUUUGUAGAGGCUGAUUUAUACGAUGACAGGCCAGUUGAUAAUGUAUUUGCUCCUCUCCUUGAAGUUUUGUUUCUCAAAGAUGAGCAUCAAAACUGUCUCCCAACAAAUUUGGGAAAUACCGAAGCUUUGUCAAAUGACCUGAAAGACUUUCUAGUGGAUGAAGUGGAUAAUUUGAAAGAAGACAGCUUCGUCCUUAAACGUAUGGCUGAGAUUACAUUGAAGCGGACAAGCCCUACAAGUUCAAGGAGCAGUGCAGCAAAGUCAGAGAAUCCCUCAGAGGUGUCAGUGCAUCAACAACCAACAGAAAAACUUAAUGAAUUUAGAACCGCUUCUCUGAAGAGCUUGGAGUCCUCGUUUCGUACUUCGCGGUUGUCACAAGCUCCAGGUUCCAAGGUGGAUAAAGCAACAUCCAGCUGUUGUAACAUAGUAUAAGCUUUGUUCAAUGAAAUGAUGAUCUAUAUAAUUCUUCCUAUAACUUUUUUAUGACAUUAAAAAUUCACGACCAACGAUUAUUU